AUGCUCCCGACGCGAUUCGUGCGGCCUGCGGGCGGCGCCGCCGAGAGCGCCAACCUGUACGUGGCGAACUGCGGCCCCGCCGUGGGGUUGUCCCUUUCGGACGUCGCCGCCGCGUUCGGGGCCUUCGGGGAGGUGGCCGGCGUCCACCUGGCGGACGGCUCGGGGGCCCGCGUCGUCGUCUGCUUCGCCGACGCCUGCUCUGCGAGAGCGGCCGUGGCGGCAUGGGGCGGCGGCGCCCCCUGCGGUGCCCUCCGCGGGCGCACCCUUCACAUCCGCUACUCCCUUCCCCAGCCACCGCCGUCCGCGGCCUCCGACGCUGCGCCCGUGGCGCUCGACGCGGAGGAGCUGGGGGUCCCCGGGGUCUACCUGGUGAAGGAUUUUGUCACUGCGGAGGAAGAGAAGGUCGGAAAAGAGUGCACGCUGUUUCCUUUUACUCUUCCACCGUAUUUUGUCACCGUAUUCCCUCCUCUCUCUAUGCCCUGACUCUCUCUCUCUCUCUCUCUCUCAGGAGCUCCUUGCAGCAGUUGACGCCAGGCCCUGGAGGCGCCUUGCGAAGAGGAGGGUGCAGCACUACGGGCACGCAUUCCUCUAUGAAGUAAGCUCACAGUCUUCCUAGUUUCAUGCCCGUAUGCGCUGGCCCAUGGUAGAAACGUUGCUGGAUUGCCUUUUCUGGUGCUUCUUCUCUGUCUGCACACUUCUCUAAGGCCAAUUCUUACAUUAGACUAGAAAAUCUCGAAUGGGCAGUGACUGAAGAAUCGGUGUCUUAACUAAUCAGGGGAAUUCGUCCUUGACGAUGUGUAGUUUGGAUUCUUGUUCUGUUGGAAUCUCAAGUUGGGAACAUUCAAUCCCGGAAGCGCUGAGUGAUGCGGGGCAGGGGAAGCAUUUCUGAACAGAACUGGGAGAACCAGCUGCAUAUGCUCUGGGGAUGAAGAUGACAAACCAGUGCUUCAGAAACAUGUUACCAGAGGCUAAGAUGUUUUCUUUUUAGCGUGUUUUCCUCGCAAUGAUAGGUCGUAGGAGGAAGACGCGCAUUUCUUUUUCUUCAUUCAAUUUGCCUUUUGCCUUUUGAUCUCACCAACAGAGUGGCUGCAGUAGUUGGCGCCAUUCAACAUGGGGUAGUUGGUUGCGCAUCCAUUCUUUAACGUUUUGUGCUGGACAGAGAUAAUGCACAGUGGGCAGAAUCUUGAGAUGCUGGGUGGCCGGCCUCUCUGGUUGGGGUUGAAGGAAAACCUUGAGAUGGGCAGUGGUCGCCACAGUUCUUUUCUCUGACUUGAAAUCAGCAUAAUUGUUCUUCAAGAUGGGAGAUAGUGGUCAAGCUUCACUCGAUCAGGUUUGACAUUCCUCUUUAUCAAUGAAGAUUAGGGAGUUAGCUUGGGUAGUGACAUUCCUCUUUACGCCUUGUUGCUAUCUGGGUUACCCCCCAAAUCCCCCUUGCUAGUGACCAGUUUGCGUCUAAACAUCCCCGCUGCCCCAGCUCAACCCGUGAUCAGCGGAUUCUGCGGUGUAAAAGGAAUAGUGACGAUGAUGAUGAUGAUGAUGAAAGGGUCUUCAACCCAUGUGAAACGUAUUUUUUGAGAAGUAAAAAAAAAAUAAUCUUGCUUCUCACACGUAUGAGCCCUCAGAGCUAGUGAUAAAGCCUUUUCCCCUUAAGAUGCGAUCCGUCCUAAGAAAAAUCCCUAAUUUAUAUCCCGAUAGCUCGAGUGGAUCCACUGGUUUUGAAAACCAGAAGAAAGGGCUAGGAAAUCCGUGUGUAAGCGGUCUCCAAAGCCUGUGAUUCUUGGGGAAGGAUGGUGAGGAAAUGCUAGGUUCUUUACUUUUUCGUUAGAUUAUGGAUUGUUUUCUUCUUCCUUGUUGGUCGAAUGGCUUUCUUCCAAACAUCCUCACGACGGAUUCUCCUAUUUUCGUGAUGAUACUAUGCAUUUAAAGUUGGUAUCAUCUAGAUCAUGCUCUUGAAUAUUUACCGCGAUACUUCUUCUCAGCACAAGUGUUCUUUCUGACAGACAAGGAAUGUCGAUACGAAGCAGUUCCUGGGUGAGCUUCCAUCCUUCUUAUCUAAUGUGCUCGAGAAAAUCGCGUCGUUUCCUGGACUUGAUGAUGAAAGACAGGCCAUUGAUCAGCUGACGGUGAGAUAUGCAUGCUUAUAUAUCCCUUUUUAUGAGACGCCAUGAAUCUGGCAAAAAGUUGUUCAAGUCGUUGAACAAACUCGAAUGCUUUCAGGUCAAUGAAUACUCCCCCGGAGUGGGCUUGUCUCCUCAUAUAGACACUCAUUCAGCUUUUGAUGGGCCUAUAUUUAGCCUGUCAUUAGCGGGUUCUUGCAUCAUGGAAUUUAGGAAAUAUUCUCAGGGUUCACGGCAGCCUCAGCCUGUUGCAAUUACUGAUACGGAAGAGGAAAACCAAAGCGAAAACCCUGCUCAUUCCUCAGGUUCCAUAAGGAAGGCUAUAUUUCUUCCUCCCAGGUCAAUGCUAGUGAUGUCUGGUGAAGGACGCUACGCAUGGCAUCAUUACAUCCCACAUCAUAAGGUAUUGCUUUUCACUAUGUCGUGCCAUUUUUUUUGCCCCAAGAAGCUAUGAAUUGAUUUUAUUCAAUGAUUAUUAAUCAGGAGGUAAGUUUCAUUAGAUGACAAAGUAAUGUCUCAGUUGCUUUACCAUGCUGUAGUUUGCCUGCGUUUCUCAUCAGCAAGAUCGGUUCUUUAAUAUUAUCUUAAUCUUUAGUCCUUGGGGUGAAAGAGGCUGCAUCAGUUUCUAUUGAUUUUAAAAAUCCGGGACAAGAACCUAAUCCUGCCUCUGGGUUGCUGAGCUGCUCCCUCCGUGGGAACCCACGGGCUCGGCCGCGUGGACCGGCCAUCAUGCGUCUAACCCACACAACCCCCCGUAGACUACCUACCUCCCUGACUUGGGCCAGCUGUAGCUCUGUAUGAGGGGCGCCUCUUGAUGGGCUGAUGCUGUCAUGUUGACAUUGUCAGGUUGACAUUGUCAGAGGAAAUGCGGUCAGAAGAGGUCGAAGGAGGGUUUCUUUCACCUUUCGGAAGGUUAGUGCUUGCUUAACCAAUCUCUGAAAUUUCUUGCAUGCAAGUUCGUGAUGUUUUUCCGGAUGUUCAGCUGACUGCAGUUUGUUAUGUUGACUGAUUGAGAUUUGUCUGGAUCACAGACCGAAUGGGUCUGUGCAGCAGCUGAUGUGGAGCUCUCUCCGUCUUCUUUUCCUUUUUUGUCAACUUGUUGUGGGUAAUGGUGAAUCCGAGAUAUUAUUAGGUGGGGCCAGCCGGAAUCAGCUGAUUCCAGCUGAUUUUUUAAUUUUAUAUCCCCACCAACAAAAAAAAAAAGAAAAAGAAAAAAAAACAGGGUCAACAGGUUUACUCAGUUGACCCUGUUUUGAGACCCUCUUGGGACAUCCCAGCACGGGGAAUUCAGUGAUAACUGAUUAACCACCACGCACGAGAUAAAGAGAAGAGAUUUGCUCCUAGUGUGCCUUCGUCUCAUUUCCCACCCAAUCUGUGCGCCAUUGACCAUAUCGUGUUUGUGCUGGAAAUCUCCGUUUCGGGUUUGACUUUCUGUUCAUCGUCAUGACAUAAGACGUGCCGGGCUUGCUGUGAUUAGUGUCAUCUGUUCAACCAUCUGAUUGACUUUUUUGAUCGCUGCAGGUCAGAUCUGGGCCUUGUCGCUGUGAACACUCGCAGUUCUGUGAUUCUCAAAGGGAUAGUGCUCGCUCAUCUGGUGGAAUAGAAGAAGAUAUCCGCUCCCAUGGCAUGGCAUCUUGA